GGCCUCCUUCUUAAAAUGCUUUUUAUCCUAUUUGUUUCCAGGGAGUCUCACUCUGUAGCUCAACCUGUCCUUGAACUUGAGUUAGUUCUCUACCCGAGUCUCCAUGUGCUGGAAUUACAGGCAUGAGCCACCACACUCAGGUCUCUGACAGGCAGACAGGGGGGCUGCAGACAGGGCAGGGCACCGGCAGGCUAGACCAGCAGCCCCCUGGGAAGGCACAGUCCCCACAGGAGGAUACCAACCUGGAAGCAGGGGCAAAGUCCUUGAAAGUGUGCGUCGUGGGCUCAGGGAACUGGGGAUCAGUUGUUUCAAAAAUCAUCGGGAGCAAUGUGAAGAACAUGAAGAAGUUUGCAUCCACGGUCAUAAUGUGGGUAUUCGAAGAAAUGGUCAACGGGAGGAAGCUGACAGACAUCAUUAAUAGUGACCACGAAAACAUAAAGUACCUGCCUGGACACAGGCUACCAGAGAAUGUAGUGGCCACCUCGAGUCUCUGCCAGAUUGUGCAGGAUGCAGACCUGCUGGUAUUUGCUUCCCCACACCAGUUCAUUCGAACCAUCUGUGAUGAGAUUGCAGACAUAGUCCCCACGAAGGCCCUGGGCCUCAGCUUGAUCAAGGGCAUAGACCAGGGCCCCGAGGGCCUGAAGCUUGCCUCUGACAUCAUCCGAGAGAAGGUGGGCAUAGACGUCAGUGUGCUGAUGGGGGCCAACAUAGCCAGAGAGGUGGCCGAAGAGCACGUCUGUGAGACCACCAUUGGCAGCAAGGUGCAAAAUGGCCUUCUCUUCAAAGAGCUGCUGAAGACCCCCAAAUUCCAAAUCACUGUGGUGGAAGACUCAGACACAGUGGAGCUGUGUGGGGCUCUAAAGAACAUUGUCGCCCUGGGGGUCGGCUUCUGCGACAGUUCUGGAAACAGCACCAAGGCCGCUGUCAUCCGCCUGGGCCUCAUGGAAAUGAUCGAGUUUGCCAGGACGUUUGGCAAGGGCCAGGUGUCUACAGCCACUUUUCUGGAGAGCUGUGGGGUGGCUGAUCUUGUCGGUACCUGUUAUGGGGGAUGGAACCGCAAGGUAGCUGAAGCCUUUGCCAGGACCGGAAAGACUAUUGAGGAAUUGGAGAAGGAGAUGCUGAACGGACAAAAGCUGCAGGGACCACAUACCUCUGCCCAGGUGUACCACAUCCUCAAGCACAAGGGACUGCUGGCCAACUUCCCACUGUUCACAGCCGUGUAUCAGAUCUGCUCUGAGGGCAGACCAGUUGCAUAUAUGAUUCCAUGUUUGCAGAACCUCCCAGAGUACAAGCGAAGAGAUCAGGGGACUGGUGCGGCUCUACCUUGGCCAUCUCAGGAUCACGUGGAAACCAGGAAGUAACAGUGAGAUGUUUGCCUGGCUUUCUCCCAUCUUGGACACAUAUGAAUUAUUAUGGCUUCAUUUCUGGGUCAUGAGAGACAGCUCGUCAGCUGAUAUACUGGUAACAACUACA